ACAUAAUAUAAACAGGGAACUUCUAACGUUAGCUUAGCAACCUCUGCUCGCUGUGCUGUAAAGAGCUAUGGACCCCCACAGAUCCAGCAUCAGCUGUCACAGCCAUCAGUCCUCGUACAAAAGACAAAGAGACGACAGUGGCAGAAGUCCUCGUGAGAAUAAACACUUCAGAACGAACACACAGCACCAGUAUCGGUCUGAGUCGGCUCUGGGUCAAAACCCUUUGAGCUGCAGGACUUUAAGCACGAGAAGAGAGCUUUAUGAAAGAGACUUUCCUGUUUACAAACAGCCUGUGGAAGUGGGAUGUUUUUCCCUCGACUCUGAGCGUAGAUUCUUCAACGACAGCAGGCAGAUGAGGUACUACGUGGAGCCUGACAGGAAUCCAAAUUUCAACCUGAGGGAUGGAUACAGGGAUCGCUUUAUAAAAAGAGACGACAGUGUGAAGGAGAGGCUGGACCAUAUUCUCCGGUGGAUUGUAGCCAAUAAAUCAAAGAUUAACCCAACAGGGGCAGCAGCCUCACCUCGCGCUUUAGAUGUCGACUUUGUGACAUGGCGGGGCCACCUAACUAAGCUGCUGACCACUCCUUAUGAGACAAGGGAAGGCUGGUUGUUAGCAGUCACCAGGUUCAGGGGCACAUUUUACAUCAGUGAGGUGGAAACGGAAGCUGCUCACAGGGAACGGGAGAACCGCACCGAGAGGCAUGAAGAGAUGAUGUACUGGGGAUACAAGUUUGAGCAAUACACAUGUGCAGACAAUACCCACAGUCUACCUGACCCUGGUGGAGUGGUUAACACCAACGAGGCCUUCUGCACUGUGGUGCAAACUCGGCUCGCGGAUCACAGACUGCUGUUCUCCGGCGAGGUGGACUGUCGGGAUAAAGAUCCCAAAGCUCCGGCUGCUCCUGCCUGUUACGUGGAGCUGAAGACCUCGGCAGAGAUCUGCACCCCCAAACAGCGCAGCAACUUCCACAGGUUCAAACUGCUUAAGUGGUGGGCCCAGUCUUUUCUCCCGGGAGUCCCUAGAGUGGUGGCAGGUUUCCGAGAUCAGGAAGGGGUCGUCGUUUCCGUGGAGACCUUUCACAUUUCUAAGAUCUCCCAUCUCAUCAAGAACGAGUACAACUGCUGGAAGCCGACAGUAUGCAUGAACUUUUGCUGCGAUUUCCUGUCUUUUGUGAAGCGUGUAGUUACCGAAGACAGUCAUAGAGUGGUGUACCUGUUCUCCUGGGAUCCCUACAAAGAUGUCACCUACUCUGCCCACAGAGACUCUCAGUAUUGCUUCCUGCCACACUGGUAUGUUGAGGAGAUGACGAGAAGUGAAGACUCCCAAUAUGAGCCUAAAGCAUAAUUUAUACUUCUGCACUGAAGUCUGAAAGCCUGGAGUUGAUUCAUUCCCUUCCAGUCAAUUAGAAGAGGAGGAAACAGGCCAAUCACAGUUGUUUUGAGGAAGGGAGGUGCACGUCAGCAUAGGAUAUUGUGACGUAAGAUUUAACCCUACGUAUCGCUCUGAUAAACUGAAUUGCAGAAGUAUAAAUUCCACCUGAGGCAUGGUCACGAAUGCAUCAUUAUCCUGUAGACCUCCAGUGGAGGACAUUUAACGUGGUAAACAUUUGCAUGAGCUCACCAAUCACUACUCAGUCUUCUGGGGGGAUUCUUUUAUUUUUUUAAAGCAGUGAUGAACUACAUUUUAUCUGGCAUGUAAUGAUCUAAACAAAACACAAUUAAAGAAAUCCAUAUUGUU